GGUUGCUAGGCAGCCAUGUCCAGAAAAAGGACAGAGUUUCCAGGAUGCCAGGUUGGGAGGUCAGCUGGCCGCCAGUUGGAGCAGUAUGACCUCCAUGCGGGCUUUGUCUGCUGAGGGCCUCUGGGAGAUGCUGUGGAAUGAGAAGCUGGCUGUGGAGACAGCAGGCCCUGGACACACAGCACGAGGUCACUUCUUGGUGAGGGACAGGUGGGAACCAGCUGUAUGCACUGUCCUGGAUUUGUCUUAGCUUCUUCUCAACCCCAUGAGGCCAGGAUACGACGAGGCAGCUGGGGAAGACCUGAGUCAGGGCCAGAGCAGCAUCCAUGGGGAAUGUCGGCCUCUCCACGUCCUCACUGUUGACAGUGCAUCUCUGUGGUAUUCUUGACCCUGGCAUCAGCUUGGAUGUGUCGAGCCUGCCCGCUGACAGGGAAGCUCAGUGUGCUUUUCCUCUGUCCCUUCCGAGGGGACCACUGUCCAUGAUGCGGAGAGAAAGUCAGGGUUCCUGUGACUGAGUGGCGUUUUUGGAUCCUGGGUGGUGGUGUCCACCGCACCACAAGCUCCUGCCCUGCAGAAGUGGUUGGCACGGGGAAGAACGCUGGGCUGAUGCUGCCCUUCCUUCACUGUCGAGCCUGCUGCUCAGGGCUGGGACAAGGUGAGAAAGUCACCACAGCUUCACUGAAUGCUCUUGAGCCAGGCUUGGUGAAGUCGCCAUUCAGGGAGCACCCACUAGGUGUCAAGCUCCUGACAUUCAUUGUCUACUAAGCCUCCCUAACAAACUUCCUGAGGUAGGCACCAUUCCUCCAGCACAGAUGGGGAAAUCGAGGCAGGGGCGGGCAUGUCGUUCGGCUAAGGGUACACAGCCCGGAGUGGCAGGAUUCAUCUCUCAGUCCAGGUCCAUUUCUCUCUCCUCGUGGGAUCUGUAAGUGCCCUGCACCUGUCACUCCCCCGGUCCUCUUGGGGCAGGCGACGACUGGGGGUUUCUGCCGCAUAGGGCAGGUUCCUACUGGUCUCAGUCUCAGGGCACUUUUCAGCCCAGUCCAGCGGGAUGCUCAGGGUACCCUCCUGAGGACACCGCCCCGCACCCACCCACUGCCUGCCAGCUCUUAAGAAUCCGAAGUUCCAAAUACGGGCCAGCUGAAAGCCUCAGGGACUGGUUGAAUGCCAGCAGCUGUUAGCAGCAAGGCCACCAGGGCAGUUCUGGGCUGUCGAUCUGAACCCAGAACUCUCCCCACUUGGGACAGGCACCCUGCAGCCCUCUCAGGCUGUACUGGGCAGCAAGUGAUCCAAGGGACCAGCCUGAGAGUGAGCCUGGCCGGACUCCCAGCAGCUCCAGCAGUGAGCCCUUCUGCAGCAGAGAAUCUGCUCCUUGUUAAUGACCCUAAACGGUCAGCAGGUUUUUCCUUCCACACCGCCCUUGGGAGCUGAGCCCAAGCCGGGAAAGAGGUGCCAAGAGAGACUUGUCUUGCCCAGGCUGUGUGGCUGGCUGAGGUGUGAGUGUGGGGACCCUUGGCCUGGCCUGUGGCCCCCGCACACCCCACAGGGGACCUGGGUUCUGCUCCCGAGCUGGGCAGGGCUUUUAUUGUGAAAGGAGCCCCCUUCCGCCUCGGGACGGAGGCUGGGCUGGGCUGGGCGAGACUGGGCCAGGCAGGGCGCUGCACUGCAGAUCGGGGUCUGGCUGCACUGGAAGGGGGGACCCAGCUGGAUCCCACGGAGCGUGGAGACAUGGCGUCCUGGCUGUGGAGAAGGCUGCAUGGGAAGAGGUGGACAGUGGUGGCUUUCUGCCUGUUGGUGACCCUGUUGGCGGUGACCAUCACUUGCCUCCCCCGACAGCGUCCAGCCACCCACCCGGACCCUGGUUCCUUGGAACCCCAGGGAGACACUGGCACCCUCAUGCCCCAUGUUUGGCAGGUCCUGAGCUCCAGUCAGAGGCAGCGGAUGAGGAUGCUGGAGCUCAGGCAAGGCCAGGCUUGGCCUAGGAAUCCAACCACUGUUGGUGCUGAGAAACAAGACCACAGGGGGCAAGCGGACAGAAGCAGGCAGCCCCCAGGAAGGGACAGCAAGCAUCCAGGUAGAAUCAGGAGGGAUGUGACUUGGACAGGAGACCGAGGACUCCACACCCAGCGUCUUCUGAGAGAGGAAGAGGUCAGAGACUCAGGAGACAAAGGCCUGGCCCAGCCAGGGCACAAGGCUCCCAUGGAGGAGAUGCAGAAUGACUCAGGCAGCCCAGGCAGCCGGCAUGCAUGGACCAAUGGGGCAGCUGAUGCCAGGCCGACCCCCUGGUUCCAUCUGGCAGAAGGCAGGGGUCUGCUGGGAGUGGGGGACAGAGUCUUCAUGGGUGGGAAGCAAACAGGGGACCCCAUGCUGCUGUCAGGGGCCCAUCCAUGGCCUGGCUCUGUUGGGGACCUGCAGGGGUCCAUGUGGUGUGACACUGAGCCGCUGGCUGGCCCAGGGUCUGAUGGGCAGAGGCCCCCUUGGCUCACUGAGCAUGAUGUGCAGACACUGCAGCUGCUGGCCCAGGGUGAGGUGGUGGGCAAAGCCAGCGUCCCUGGUCAUGGGCAGGUGCUGCAGGUGGAGCUGUCUGCUGAGGGCACCCACCGGGAUGCGGCCCCUCCUAGGCUCAGCCUGCACUGCUCCCAGGGCCUCUGUGGCUUGAUCAAGCGGCCCCGGGACCUGCUAGAAGUGCUGUCCUUCCACCUGGAUCGUGUGCUGGGACUGUGCCGGAGUUUGCCUGCUGCAGCCCGCCGCUUCCGUAGCCCCCUGCUCCCCUACCGCUACACAGACGGCAUUGCCAGGCCUGUCAUCUGGUGGGCACCUGAUGUGCAGCAUCUGGAGGACCCGGAAGAGGACCAGAACUCUCUGGCCUUGGGCUGGCUGCAGUACCAGGCCCUGCUGGCACACGGGUGCAGCAGUGGGCCAGGCCAGGCCCCAUGCCUGGGCAUCCACCGAAUUGAGUGGGCACGCCUGGCGCUCUUUGACUUCCUGCUGCAGGUGCAUGACCGGCUGGAUCGCUACUGCUGCGGCUUCCAGCCUGAGCCCUCAGACCCCUGUGUGGAAGAGAGGCUUCGAGAGAAAUGCCAGAACCCGGCUGAGCUGCGGCUGGUGCACAUCCUGGUCCGGAGCAGUGACCCAUCUCGCCUGGUCUACAUCGACAAUGCCGGCAUGCUUCAGCACCACAAGGACAAGCUGAACUUCCGGCUGCUGGAGGGCAUAGAUGGGUUCCCAGAGGCAGCUGUGCGGGUCCUGGCAUCCGGCUGUCUACAGAACCUGCUGCUCAAGUCCCUGCAGAUGGACCCGGUGUUCUGGGAGAGCCAAGGCAGGGCCCCGGGGCUGACACGGGUCCUCCAGACCCUGGAGUGGCGGGGACAGGUCCUGCUGGAACACAUCCGGAAGCACAACCUCACGCUCUUCCGGGAUGAGGACCUGGAAGCCACCACUGCCCAGGCAGGCCGGCUCAGCCGCUGGGUGCCAUGGGAUGUGACCCUGAGCUGACAGCAUCCAUCCUGAUGGCCAGGCUUCCUCGGUGCUAGAAAGCAGGACAUGUGGGCAUCACCUGCUCUGAGUGGCAGAGGUGGGGCCGGGCUUGCCCUUCUGCCUUCUCAGGGCUGCCUCCAUCCUCCUGCACUCCUAAAUGGCUCCAAGGGCGCUCUGGAAACUGCACCACACACCUACACUGGUGCACUGCCUGUGUGCACGGGGCAGGGAAGCAGCAGUGUGCCGUGCAUGCACCGCACACAACACAAAGUCAAAUAAAGGGUCUCCGGGAAUACCUGUGGCCCCAAGUGCUGAGAAAUUAGGCACUAAGCAUUUGUCUUCGUGGGCUUUCAAAGUUCAAUUCUUAGUUGUUUCUGGCUUAAAAAUUAUAAAUACAUGCUCCCUAAAAAGAAGUUUGCAAAUUAUAGCAUAGAAGACAAAAAGUGAAAGUCCUAGAACCCCCUAGAGAUGUGUAUGUGUGUCACACUCACACUACAUGCAAAUUAAAAUAACAUCAUGCUUGUCA